CCAGCGUCGUCUGGGCCUCCUCCUGCAUGACUCUAUCCAGAUUCCAAGACAACUGGGUGAAGUUGCUUCUUUUGGUGGCAGUAAUAUUGACCCAGUGUUAGGAGUUGUUUUCAGUUUGCCAAUAACAAGCCUGAAAUUGAGGCAGCCCUUUUUCUGGAUUGGAUGAGACUCGAACCACAAUCCAUGGUAUGGCUGCCAGUUUUACAUAGGGUGGCUGCUGCUGAAACUGCCAAACACCAAGCCAAGUGCAACAUCUGUAAGGAGUGUCCAAUAAUUGGAUUCAGGUACAGAAGUUUAAAGCACUUUAACUAUGACAUCUGCCAAAGCUGCUUCUUUUCUGGGCGAGUUGCAAAAGGUCAUAAGAUGCACUACCCAAUGGUAGAGUAUUGCACACCAACUACUUCAGGAGAAGAUGUCCGUGACUUUGCCAAGGUAUUGAAAAACAAAUUCCGGACAAAAAGAUACUCUGCAAAACACCCAAGAAUGGGCUACCUGCCUGUACAAACAGUGUUGGAGGGAGACAACAUGGAAACUCCUGUUACUCUGAUCAACUUCUGGCCAGUAGAUUCUGCGCCUGCUUCAUCCCCUCAGCUUUCACAUGACGAUACCCACUCACGUAUUGAACAUUAUGCUAGCAGGCUAGCAGAAAUGGAGAACACUAAUGGGACAUACCUGAAUGAUAGCAUUUCUCCUAAUGAGAGCAUAGAUGAUGAGCAUUUGUUAAUCCAGCACUACUGCCAAAGUCUGAACCAAGAAUCCCCACUCAGUCAACCUCGAAGCCCUGCACAGAUUCUAAUUUCUUUGGAAAGCGAAGAAAGAAGUGAACUGGAGAGAAUCCUAGCAGACUUGGAGGAAGAAAACAGAAACCUUCAGGCAGAAUAUGACCAGUUGAAGCAGCAACAUGAUCACAAAGGACUAUCUCCACUGCCAUCCCCACCUGAGAUGAUGCCCAUUUCCCCUCAGAGUCCACGAGAUGCAGAACUCAUUGCAGAAGCCAAACUACUUCGUCAGCACAAAGGCCGUCUAGAAGCCAGGAUGCAAAUCCUGGAGGAUCACAACAAACAGUUGGAAUCACAGCUGCACAGGUUGAGGCAGCUGCUGGAACAGCCUCAAGUGGAUUCCAAGGUGAACGGUACAACUCAGUCUUCUCCUACCUCGUUACAGAGGUCAGACAGUAAUCAGCCAAUGCUUCUCUGUGUAGUUGGCAGUCAGACUUCAGAAUCUAUGGGUGAGGAUGAUCUGCUCAGUCCUCCCCAGGACACAAGCACAGGGUUAGAAGAGGUCAUGGAACAGCUCAACAAUUCUUUCCCAAGUACAAGAGGCCACAAUGUAGGCAGCCUCUUCCACAUGGCAGAUGACUUGGGGCGAGCAAUGGAAACCUUAGUGACCGUGAUGACAGACAACAAGGCGUUAGAAUAGCAAGAUGUGUUUUACAACUUCAGUACCCGCAUGGUUUUUAUAAUAUUCAUAUGACAAAAGGAUUAGACUGUAAGAGUUUACAUGAAAACAAAUCUAUAUUUUUGUGAAAGGUAGUGGUACUAUACUGUAGAUUACAGUAGUUUCUUAAGUCUGUUAUUGUUUUGUUAACAAUGGCAGGUUUUACACAUCUAUGCAAUUGUACAAAAAAAUAAGAAAACUACAUGUAAAAUCUUGAUAGCUACAUAACUUGCCAUUUCUUUAUAUGGAACGCAUUUUGGGUUGUUAAAAAUUUAUAACCGUUAUAAAGAAAGAUUGUAAACAAAGUGUGCUUUAUAAAAAAAAUGUUUAUAUAAAUCCCUAUUAAAAAACAAAACAAAAAAGAGGCAGUGCAUUUGUUUAGCAUCACUUCAGCUCUGUAAUUGUACCAGACAUAUAUUCAUGUUCUGUGUUCUUUUCCUUACCAGAGAAUUUCUGCAACACCAAAACUAUCAAUGUACAUUUCUCAUUGUUUUGUGUCUGACUAGCACUGACUUAAAAAAUAACACUGUCCUAAACUUCCAGUUGAGGUAGCUUUUCCACCUCCUUCCAAGUAGAAAUUAAGUCUUUUGGAAUUUAUCCAGUUAGUUUGAUUGUAUGUAAGUCACUUUGGGUUCACUUUUGUGAAGAAAAGU